GUUCCGCGCGGGGCAUCCGCGGACAAACCGCCCCGCAUCGGCGGGGUCGCGGCCCAGGGGCCCGGCCCCAGAGGCCGCGGAUACGGAGAUGUUUUUCGCCCAUAAGAAAGUGCUCGCCUUUCUGGGCCACCUUGCAGGCCCUCGUCGCCACAGUGGAUUCGCCUCGGAGUCCUGGCCAGCACGCGCCCAGGAGGGGUCCGGGGAGUUGCGGCACCGGUACUCUUUGGUUCCCCCUUCGGGUUGCGUGCAGGUGGCCGCCCAGGGUGCCGAGACCGCCUUCUUUGCUGGGGGGCUGCCUGUGCGCAGCCCGAAGCCGUAGCAAGGCGAGGGGAGAACCAGUGCAUCAACGGCAGGUACGCCCUGAGCGGCGAGGUCGUCGGCGGGCGGCCGGCGUACGCGCACGCGGACCGCGGGCUGAGGCUCUUCUUCUGCGCGUCGCCGUCGCCGCGGUGGGUCGUGGCCGAGGGCGGGGGCGACGCCGAGGGCUCCGGCAGCUUCGUCGCCUUCUGCCCGUGCGCAGACUUCAGCCGCCUCUGGCGCGUCGCGGAGCCCUGGGGCUUCGACACGGACCCGCAGGUCGAGGCCCGGCUGUGCGCGAGCGGCGGUGCCGCCGACGCCCCGCAGCCUCGGGCCGCAGGGCUGCCCCGGCAGGUCCCCGGGCCGGCGGCCGAGCUGCGCGUACUCAUCCUCGGCCUGCCGGACCGGCAGAGGAACGUGGAGGGCAUCCUGCGGUCGCUGCGCGCCUGCGGGCACUGGUGCCCGGGCCUGCAGCUCCGGGCGCAGCUGCUCCCCGCCGUGGACACGCGCGGCUUCGACGCGGGGGCGCUGCCGGGGGCGCUCGCCGCCCGCCUGGUGAGGGCACAGGUUGGGUCCCCACCACUGGAGUGGUACCUGCGUGCCGGCGUCAGCUGCGGCGCCCUCGGCUGCGCCCUCUCGCACGCCGCGGCGUACCGCGCCGUGCUGGCGUCCGCCCCGCCGCCGGCCUGGGCCGUCGUGCUGGAGGACGACGCGGUGCUCGUGCCGGAGCGCUGGGCCGCGCUGCCCGAGGCGCUGGCCCGCGCCGAGGCGCGGCGCGACGACGCGCUGCUGCUGGGCUUCUGCGCCCCCACCGCACACGACGUGCGCUGCGCGGCGCUGAACGCCGCCGCGUUCGCGGCGAGGGAGGCCGCGGGCCUCUUCGCGAGCGGCGGGCAGUGCACGUCCGCGCCGGUGGGCUACUUCUACCGCACGCACGGCUACGCCAUCACGCCCGCGGGCGCCGCCAGAGUGCUCGCGGGGCUCUUCCCGCUCGCGUGGCAGCUCGACGCCGAGCUGGCCCAGCGCUGCGCCACGGGUGCGCUCCGCGCCUCCGGCCUGCUGCCGUCGCUGGCGCUGCAUCCUGGCCACGACCACGCAGACGUCUUCGACCACGAGACCUUCUGCCGGCCCCCCGGCGGCGAGGCCUACGUCUCCGCCGCCCAGGCGGCGGGCCCCGCCGCAGGCGGUGCCCGCGAGCGCGGUCCAGAGGACCAGCGCGCUCUGGCAGUGCUCAUCGAGGAGCUGCUGGACUGGAUCCAGGGGGUCAGCGAUGCGUGCCCGCCGGAGGCCCAGCCGCGGGAGGCCCUCACGCUCGCCUCGCCAGGCGUGGAGUGGCGCGCGGGUUCGCUCGCGAGCGCGCGCCCGGCAGGUGCAGG